AAGAUUCAUUUUUGGGUUAAACCGUCAUUUAAGAUUCCUUUUUUGACUAAACUGUGCUUUGUACCAGAUGCACGUCUCACCGUAGAGAGCAGCUGGCCGGCCCACUGCGUGCAAAUCAAUUAGCCGUUCAGCCAAACAGCAACUAAAAGCAACAGAUGAUGGAUCACGCGGUAUUUGGAUCCGGCCAUGUAAGGUUUUACGGGGUCAGCGAGUUUUGUUGUACCGUAUGAUAGGUAAUGCAAAGCAUACAUGAAUAUAGUUUAAAAGAUUUGAUAAAGAAAAGAAUUGACUCUAAAUAGAGGCACGGUAUAUACAAGGAAAGACAUCUUCAGGUCCGACAUGUUUAGUAGGCCUCUUUGAUACAUCACCCCUGUAGGCUACUUUACUAGAGUAACCGGGUAAUCAGGCGGAGGUCAGGAGAGGUCAAGAUAGAGAGGUCCCGGAUGUUUACUUCGAGCUGUAUCCAGACAAGUUCAGACGUGUUUUCCACACUGAGUUAGCUAGCGCUCUGCGUCAAAUUUUGCGUCAGCUGUCGUCAUAUACAGCACAAAAUAUCAUCAGGAAGAAUGCCUCGGCGUAAGAAAUUGACGAAGUUGAAUGCCUGGAAGGCAAAGCAGGAAACAAAGAAACCAGCUGAUGAGCAGAAAUUGGAGGUAACAGUGCAGGAGCCAGCAGAUGACCCGGAAGUACAGAUGUUUACAGGCCUUGGUUGGCAUUCGAGCACCCUGAAAAAACCAUGGACCAGUACCUGUCUCGUGAUGGUCGAAGCAUGCAGAAUCGUCAUCCAGCAGAUCCUCGAGCAUGGGCCACACAGGUAGAAAUAAAUGCGAUGUCUUCACUACUGGGAAGACGCAUCUUUGUGUACGGUAAGCAUGGCUUUAACUUUAAGUGGGAAUGGAUGAAGUACCCAUGGUGUGAGAGUAAUACAAGCAUGUUAGAUGGUAGAAAUGCUAUAUACAUGCAACAUACGAAUGGUAACCAUUUUGAUGUUGUCACAGCAACAGUUUUCAACAAAAGACAGACAAGGAGUAUGUCACGGCGCCACAGAGAGGAAACUACAGAAGCCUCACAAGUUGCCUGCAUCAAGAGAAAGACCAUGCCGAAUGCCAAUAAUGAUGACGACGACCGGAAAAGGGCCAGACGAGACCGAGAAAGGAAACGGUACCAGGAGGAUCCGGAAUAUGCCAAGGCCCAACGGGAUGGAAAGAAGACUCGAUAUAGCACAGAUAAACAGCACGCCCAGGAGAAGCGCGAAAGGGAACGGGAGCGAGCACUGGAGCGCUAUCACACUGAUGAUGACUAUGCCAAGCAGAAACGCGAAAGGGAGCAGGAGCGAGCGCUGGAGCGCUAUCACACUGAUGAUGACUAUGCCCAGCAGAAAAAAAGGAAUGUGCAGAUUAACAGAGAGAAGAAGCAGAAUUUAGCAGAUGUCAAUAAGGACAUUGAACAGUUCCAGAUGGAAUGCAAAGAGGGACCAGAAUAUGUUUGCACUGUAUGUCACAGGCUUUUGUUUCACAAUCAAGUCGUAAUCUGUCAUCGUGAUGGUGAAAAAUCAAGGUAUGUUCAGGCUGUUAAGCACUGCCUUACAGGUACGUAUGUACAUCAAUGCAACGAGGACUGCAGCCCACAUGCGUGUCCCAUUGCAAAAUCAUCUAGGGGCACAGAGUGGAUAUGUCACUGUUGUCAUAGGCACAUGAUAGAUAAAAAGACAAUUCCAUACGAGGCUCAGAGUAAUAAGAUGAAGGUCCCAGAAAUACCCCCUGAGCUGAAAAGUCUCAAUACUCUGGAGUCCCAACUGAUAGCCAAGAGAAUACCAUUCAUGAAAGUUGCAGCUCUCCCGAAAGGGGGUCAGAAAGGUGUUGUUGGCCCAGUAGUGUGUGUACCAGCAGAUGUGAGUGAAACACAUGCAAUCCUUCCCAGAAUGCCGUCAGAAGCUCAGUUAAUCAAGGUGAAACUUAAGAGGAAGCUACAGUACAGUGGGCAUCACAUGUAUAGACAAAUCAGUCCAAUGAAGGUUGAUGUUGCUUUGAAGUAUCUUGUUGAAAAUAAUGAACAUUACAGCGGUACGUCUAUCGAUGCAGACUGGGCUGUGUCUUGGAAUGAAGAAGGAGGCCUUGUUGAACCAUCUGAUGCUGAACAAGGAGGGAAUGGCACCUUAGAAGAUCAUACAGCCCCUGAGCACGGUGAGUCUGUCAAUGAAGAGGGGAAUGAUAUGGAAGGGCCAACCAGGAAUGAUAUAGAAGAUGAUGAAACAGACAACAUUAUUCGACAGGUGAAUGUGGAAGAAGCCAUGGAAGAAGCAGCUCUGAGCGAGGAAGAAGCUGUGGAAGAAGCAGCUCUCAGCGAGGAAGAAACCAUAAAAGAAGCAGCUCUGAGCGAGGAAGAAACUGUGGAAGAAGCAGCUCUGAGCGAGGAAGAGGAACUAGACAGCCGCUUGCGGGGACUGCCACAUGACACUUGCCUCCAGCCAGUAGAUAUAGGACAGGAUUUUCUUGACCACCACGAUGAACGCGUCAUGUGUGUGGCUCCAGGAGAGGGUAGCAAACCAAUUUCUGUGUUCCAGGAGGUUGGGGGAGAGGCAAUGUCCUUCCCUGUUCAAUUCCCUACUGGAAAGUUUUCUUUUAAUGUUGAUCGUGAUGUACGUAUUACGCCCAGCAAGUACUUCAAGGCACGCCUUAUGGGUGCAGAUACGCGGUUUGCAAGCGACACUAACUACAUAUUCUUUGCACAAUACGUAACAGAGUUGCGCUUCAUACAGUCGAAUAUUUCCAUAUCUAUGCGCAAAGGUUCGCCGACGACAAGUGGCGGCCGUAAAAUAUCUGCUAGUAUGUUGUCAAACAAAGAGGACUUACAGGCUAUACUUAAGUCAGAUGAAGGCUAUCGCUUCCUUCAGCCAGUCAGGGGUACUCCGCAGUUCUGGGACAAGGCGCUAAAUGAAUUAUAUGCAAUGAUAAGACAGCUGGGAAUUCCCACGUGGUUUGCUACAUUUUCUGCUGCAGAUUUGCGCUGGCCAGAAGUGUUAGAGGCGAUUCGACAAGAUCAUGGCACGGUACCAGUAAGCGAGUUGUCGUGGGAAGAGCGUUGUGACAUUUUGAAGAGUAAUCCUGUCACAGCCGCUCGCAUGUUUGAUCGCAGAGUCAAGCUGUUUUUCAAACAUCUCAUUAAAUCUCCAUCGCAGCCAAUCGGUGAGGUCAUAGACACGUUCACGAGGACUGAAUUCCAGCAAAGGGGCUCACCCCAUAUCCAUUGUUUGUUUUGGGUGAAAGAUGCACCAAAAUUGGGUGUAAAUUCUGAAGAAGAGAUCUGCUCUUUUGUGGACAGAUAUGUGUGCUGUCAGCUGCCUAACUCAGAAACAGAUAAGGAGUUAUUUGACAUAGUUAGCCAGGUUCAAAUGCACCGAAAGGGUCAUACAUCGUCAUGCAAGAAAGGUGGCAAGAUCUGUAGGUUUGGAUUCCCUAAGCCUCCAGUGAAUCAGACAUUUCUGUGCAGCCCUGUCUCCCUACAGGACCUGACCGAUGAAGAAUCAGCAUCCAUUGCUGGAAGGAAGAAGCAAGCCGAAUCUGACCUGAAAAAAUUCUGGGAUGUGUUGGACAAGAAAACAGAGCCAGAGAAGUGCUCCACUGAGGACGUUCUCAAGGAGGCCAAUCUCACCACUGCACAGGUCUGUGACGCUUUGAACUUGAUUGCAAACAGGAAGCAAGUAUUCCUCAGACGUGAGCCCAAGGACAUGUGGGUGAACAAUUUCAAUCCACAUCUGCUCCGGGCUUGGAAUGCGAACAUGGACAUCCAAUAUGUUCUCGAUGCGUACAGUUGUGUCAAGUACAUAGUAUCAUAUAUCAGCAAAGCAGAAAGAGAAAUGGGAAAGCUGCUCAAACAGGCUCAGAAAGAGGCAAGGGAAGGCAACGAGGAUGUACUGACAGAAAUGAGGAAAGUUGGCAACGCCUACCUUCACCACAGGGAAGUGAGUGCACAGGAGGCUGUCUAUCGGGUCUGUAGCCUGAACUUGAAGGAGUGCUCAAGAGCAGUCACAUUCAUACCAACAGAUGAGCAAGCUAAUCGCUUGUCAAAACCUUUGGCCGACAUUCAGAAGCUUGCCAGCGAGGGAAAUGGUGAUGAAGAAAACAUCUGGAUGCCAAGCAUUAUGGAUCGGUACAAGGCGAGGCCACGAGAAGAACCUUUCCGAUCAAUGUGUGCUGCAGAGUUUGUCUCCGAGUAUCGCGUCGUUUCUUGUUCAGGCCAGCAAGAAAAUGCUCAGCAGUCUUCCAGAGGGGAAGCAAGGCAUGUGUUGAGGGAUAAUUACGGGGCUGUACAAAAACGUACAAGAUCUGAUCCAGCCGUCAUCCGCUUUGCCAAAUUUAAUAAAAAGAAAGAGCCAGAGCGAUUCUACUUGACAUUGCUCAAGUUGUACUUGCCACACUACCUUGAUGCACAGUUGAAACCACCACAAUAUGCCAAGUAUGAAGAAUUCUACUCGAAUGGCUUUGCUCCCAUAUCAGACAGGGAGGAUAGAGUAAAUGUCAUUGUGAAUGGGAAUAGGCGUAAAUUUGAGCAAAAUGUUGAGGAACUUGAGCAGGCUCGUAAAGACGCAGAAGAUGGUAAUCUAGAAGAUGUUUGGGCCCAGAUCUUCCCCGAAGUGGAACAAGAAAGACUUGAUUGUCUAGAUAAGAGGGGAGAAAAUGAAGUGGAUGGGGUUAUUGAGGGCACUGAGGAUGACAUUCCUGACCUAGCGACAACUGACAAAUCAAAAGAAAGAAGCUUUACCCUAGAAGCCUGCCAGACAAAGAUCCAGUUUAAAACUGCGGUCCCCAUGAUGCAGUCACUCAACCCAAUGCAACAGGGGGUCUUCUAUUUUGUAAGGAAGUGGUGUAUGGAAACUGCACAGGGAAAGCGACCAGAUCCCUUUCAUAUUUUUGUGACGGGUGGUGCGGGGACUGGAAAGAGCCACCUCAUAAAAUGCAUAUAUUAUGAGGCUACCAGGUUACUAGGAAAGGCACAAGAAAACCCUGACAAGGUCUCUGUCCUUCUUACGGCACCCACAGGAACUGCUGCAUUCAAUAUCGGUGGGAGCACUGUACACCAUGCCUUUCAUCUGAUGUGUGUUACGAAGACGUAUCAGCCCUUGUCUGAAAGUACCCUUAACACUUUGCGUGCACAGUAUGAAAGCCUCAAAAUUGUGAUUGUAGAUGAAGUAUCGAUGGUCGACAUGAAGCUCAUGUCUUCUAUUCAUGGUAGAUUGGGUCAGCUGACCCAGUCAAGGUCAAGUGCAAUCUUUGGAAAUGUGAGCAUCUUGGCAGUAGGUGACAUGUAUCAGAUCCCUCCAGUCAGGGGACAAAGUCUCUACAGGGGAAAAGAUUUCAUUGACUUGUGGAAUCCAAUCUUUGAAGUUGUGGAACUUGAGGAAAUCAUGAGACAGAAGGAUGAUGCUGCCUUUGCAAACCUUUUGAAUAGAAUGAGGGUGAAGAGAAAAAAAGACAAACUUUCUGAUGAAGAUGACAAAACUCUAUCAUCAAGGGUGUUAUCUACAGACUUUGCAUCAAAUGAUUAUCCUAAGGAUGCACUUCACAUCUUUUCCACCAAUAAAGCUGUUGUAGAUUAUAAUGACAAGAUGUUGAAUCUCAGGUGUUCAGAUGUUACAUGUUUCGAAGCCUCCGAUUUUGUCAAAGAUCCCACAACAGGUUCAAUGACAAGACGACCUCAUGCAAAAGGAGAUAAAGACGACCUCCUUGAUGUGGUCAAAGUUGGGAUUGGUGCUCGUGUCAUGCUUUGUAGAAAUGUCAAUGUUGAGGAUGGUCUAGUUAACGGUGCAUUUGGAACAGUGACAGGUGUAACAGGUGGCCAGCAAGAUGCAAGUGAUGGUGCAACUGUCUUUGUGAAGUUUGAUAAUCCAAAGGCAGGUGUGCUUGAAAGAGAAAAAAGUGCAGUUCCUAGUAGUCUACCAGAGAAUUCAGUUCCGAUUCGUCAGAUUGAGGACAACUUGAAGAAAUUAAGUAAAGUCAAACGCUACCAAAUUCCUAUCAAGCUAGCUUGGGCCUGCACAGUACACAAAGUACAGGGCAUGACAGUUCCUGAAGUAGUUGUCUCCAUGAAAAAUAUUUUUGCAUCAGGUAUGGCGUAUGUGGCCUUGAGUAGGGUAUGUUCCAUAGGCGGUCUUCACAUUACACACUAUAAACAGGAGUCCAUCUACUGUGAUGAGGCAGUGCAGGAGGCAGUUAAUAAGAUGAAGCAUUUCGAAUAUGUAUCCAACCCAUUUACAAAUGUUGGUGACAGAUCUGUCGGUGAAGUGUUGAACAUUGUCCAUCACAAUACUGAAGGACUUACUAAAAAGAACUUUGAAAGUCUGAAGUCAACUUGUUUGGUUGAAGCUGAUAUCAUAUGCCUGACUGAGACAUGGCUGUCAGAAAAUGUGCAGUCCUCCCAGUUUCAGUUGGAGAGUUUCAACAUGUUUCGUAAAGACAGAUCAAGUGGGCAUGCUUGCGAGGAAGCUUCUAAUGCGACAAGGAAUUCCAGUCGUGGAGGCGUGGCAAUAUAUGUACGUGACAUAUACAAGUGUUCUGAAAUUCCCAUCCCAAAUGAUAUCAGUCUAGAAUGUGUGGUUACGCAAGUUUCUGCUGACUGCAUGCCUGUGAAACAUCUAAUUGUAGCCAUUUAUAGACCCCCAAAUGUUCGCAAAGACUCAUUCAUAUCCAGUUUGGAGAAACUCUUGGGGCACUUGUCUGCAGUGGAAAGAAGUAACACAGUGAUUCUUGGUGACUUUAAUGAAAAUUUGAUGUCAAGUGAAAACAAAAUGAUCCUUUCUUUCUUGAUGCAAAAUGGCUUCAAACAGUUGAUAGAGUCUCCUACAACUGAAAGAUGUACUCUCAUUGACCAUGUGUACAUUUCACAACUGUCAGCUGUUGUUAAUCAUGGUGUAAUACAGACAUUCUAUAGCUACCAUGAUGCUGUAUACUGUACGUUGUGUAAUGAGAGAUAAAAGAGAAAUCAGAGUCAAAAGAAGGGAGUGUGUGUAUUGUACCAGCUUGGGCCUUGUCGAGCUGAGUGGAAGGUUGACAAUCUCUAUAGUCACCAUGAUGCUGUGUACUGUACGUUGUGUAAUGAUGAGAUAAAACAGAAAUCAGAGUCAAAGGAAGGGAGUGUGUGUAUUGUACCAGCUCGGGCCUUGUCGAGCUGAGUGGAAGGUUGACAAUCUCUAUAGUCACCAUGAUGCUGUGUACUGUACGUUGUGUAAUGAUGAGAUAAAACAGAAAUCAGAGUCAAAGGAAUGGUGUGUGAGUGUAUUGUACCAGCUCAGGCCUUGUCGAGCUGAGUGGAAGGUUGACAAUUUCUAUAGUCACCAUGAUGCUGUGUACUGUACGUUGUGUAAUGAUGAGAUAAAACAGAAAUCAGAGUCAAAGGAAGGGAGUAUGUGUAUUGUACCAGCUCAGGCCUUGUUGACCUAAGUGGAAGGUUGACAAUUUCUAUAGUCACCAUGAUGCUGUGUACCGUACGUUGUGUAAUGAUGAGAUAAAACAGAAAUCAGAAUCAAAGGAAUGGAGUGUGUGUGUACUGUACCAGCUCAGGACUUGUCGAGAUGAGUGGAUGAGAAAUGGGAGUCUAUGGUGCUCCAUAAUUGAGAAAUACUUGGCGCCAGCUUCCGCCCUUGCCACACGGCACAUUCAGUGGUGGCAAGGGGGAUGGGGAAUGACAAAGGUUCCCGCUCUGGCUCUUGCCAAAACUGGUAAGAGGGAGCCUGGUGGAUGCCU